AUGCUUACGUUAGACAUUGAUCCAUACACUGUUGUUGUCUCAGUGUUUGUCAUUCUACUUACCCAGCAGAUUAUCAAACAAAUUGGAAAAUCAACAAUCCAGGAAUUCUUAUGGUUGGGAUAUAUCCACUAUGGUACCAAACUCAACUUCUCAUCCCAAUUUACACAACUUGCCCAGGCUAAAGAACAAUUGCACCAGCUCAACAAGGAGAAACGUACUAUAAGUGCUCAAGAUGAAUAUGCAAAAUGGACUAAGCUCAAUAGAAAGUGCGAUAAACUCACUGCAGAUAUCGCCUCAUUGACUGAGGACAUCUCUCAAAGUAGGGCCAGCAUAGAUAAGUUGACGGGAAGGUUGAUCAUGUUGUCCACCACACUUCCAUUGUGGUUCUUUAGAAUCUUUAGCCGUAAGACUCAUUUAUUCUACUUUAGUUCCGGAAUUUUCCCCUGGUACAUUGAACGGGUAUUGCUGUUGCCUUUCCUUCCGGCUGGUGCGGUAGGAUUGACUAUUUGGAUGUAUGCCGUCAAUCUGGUUCUUUCCAACGUCCUUUUCUUGAUUUCGUUUGCGUUUGCUGGUAAGAAGGUCAAGCCAGCUAAACCAGAAAAGAAAAUCGUCGAAGAAAAGUCUCUUUAA